CAGAUGCAAGCAUUCUCAACAGCUCUCUUGUAUCAAUUUAACUCCAAAGCUAUAUAUAACGAUAUUUCUAGGAUUAGAUUAUUUAGAUUACAAGCAAACAAUGGACUUCAUGUUUCACCUUUGGUUAAAUGGAAUUUACCUUUUAACAACAAAUCCUUCAACAAUCUUAUUGGUGCAACACUUAGUCUUCUCAAACAUAACGGACUUAAAAUUUCAUUUAAGUUUCACAAGUAUCUUAGAAAUGAAAUUAAAGGGGCCUUGAUCUCUCUUGAUUCCAUUCUACCUCAAGCUACUUUAAUUAAACAUCAAUACAUUAUCAACAA